AUGUCUUUAGAAGAUAAAAAUUCCUCUGUUGCUGCUCUUCUUACUCAGGAUGAUGAUGAAGACAAUCAAGCUCAAGGUGUUGAUACUUCUCAAGGUUUUGAAGAUGGUAAUGCAUUCCAUGUUUCACCAAGAAAGGAUGCCACUGUAUUAUGGAAUAUCAAGGAGACAAGCAAUCAUGAUGUCACUAUAAAUGAAUCUAAUGUGGAUACUAACAUCGAUUCUGGUGAACCAAUCAUUACUUGGCUUCCUAAGAAGACUGUUGUAACUCCACCCGAAGGUCUUAUUUUCAUGUCCAAUAUGGAGGAGGGUAGGUCUUCAAAGAUCACUCAGAACUUAUCUAAUAAGGACCCAAAUGUUACUAUAGGUGAAGAGAACUCAACAUCUGUUAUCGAUAAUUCAACUGUUCCACCACCACCACCUUCGUCACCACUACCAACUUCAACUAUUACACCAACAACCGUUCCUGCUGUUUCUCCUACAUUUCAAGGUAUCAUCAAUGAGCGUAUCGCUUCUUUAUUCUCUUCUCAAUCAGAAGAUGAAGAGAUGCCAUAUAACGAAGAAGAAGAUGAUGAAAUGGUUCAGUUUGAUGUGCUAGAGUUUGAUCAUGCAGAAGAAAAUGUUGAUGAUAAUGCAAAUAAGUCAGGCAAGCAAUACAAAAUCCUUAACUCUAAACUCAACACCAUUCUUCAAUUUUGGAAUAAUAAUGCUGGAAAAUCCUCUGUGAGUAGUUAA